CACUAAUUAACUUAAUUAUCAUUUAAUACAUAAUUUUUGGUACCUCUAGUGUUGUGUACCUAUGGCUAGUGAACCUGCAAAGGUUGUUCCCCCAACCGAAGCUCCGGUGGUGGAGCCUGAAAAGGCGGCUCCACCACCUACAACUUGGCCCACUGACUACUUUGCGGUGGCUGAUGUGGUGUUAAGGUUGUUAGUGUUUGCUUCGGCGGUUGUGUCUGUGGUGGUCAUGUCAACUAGUAAGGAAACUAAAAUGCUCCCAAACCCUCGUCCUGCUAAGUUCACUCACUCACCGGCACUCAUCUAUUUUGUAGCAGCACUCUCUGUGGCUGGUUUCUUCAGCCUAAUUACUACACUAGGCUCAUUGUACUCCCUCAUCAAGCCUGGUUGCUGUGCAAAGAUCAUUUCCCACUUCAUUGUCAUUGAUGUACUUUUGCUAGGAAUAGUGGCAUCAGCAACAGGAGCAGCAGGAUCGGUGACUUACGUGGGACUAAAAGGCAACACUCAUGUGAGGUGGGGAAAGGUUUGCACACUGUAUGGAAAGUUUUGCAGAUACGUAGGAGCUUCUAUAGGAGUCUCAUUGUUCGCGAGUGUUAUGCUUGUGCUACUUGUUCUCCUCUCUGUAUACUCCCUUUCUAAGAAGAUCCCCAAGUGACAAGACAGAUGAAAAGUGAAUUCUUCAUGUAUAGCAGAACAACCCUUGGUAAAUGUCAGUAUGUGAAAGUGUGUGUGUAUGAGUUGUUCAAAUUUGGGUAAUGUUUGGCCAUUUUCUUGUGCAGCUGGUGAAAGUAGACAUUGUACCAGUUCUUGUAUAUGAAUUCAUUGAUGUACUUGUAUUGAUAUUAAACAGAAAAUUCUCUA